CUCGACUCCUUGGAAUGGCAAGCGACACUGUCGUUCCAGCCGUCAACUCGGACGCACGAGCGGAUGACGCCCCCGAGCACGGAGAAGCAGCUCUGGGCGGCGCGAUGAGGAAUGCCCUGCGCACGGCCGUCACACGCAUCCGCCUCCAGAACCCGAUUGUGGGGUCGUUUCCCCGAACGCCGAAAGUGCCGACGAAAGCUGUCGCAACUGCAUCGGACAACCUCAGGUGGUCCCAUCGUAUCCAGGCGUUGUACAACUCACGUCAUGGAUGGCAGCUUCCUCAUGGACGUCACGGGAUACAUGAAAGAAGCUAAGGAGCAAAUUGCAGAGAAAACGUCGUCCAAAGCGAAAGCAGUCAAGCUUGUCCAGUGGGCCACCACGACAUGGAUGCCCAACCUCGUGCGGUCGACCAUUUUGGGUAGCGUUACUUGGACCAGCUAUGAAGUGACGACUGCCUCUCUACUUGCUACUUCACCUUCCACAAUCGCAUCGCCACACGUAGCGAUCUUGGUGCCGUGGGUGUUUGGCGUGUCAAUAGUGGCUGGUACGGUCGCUGGCUCCCUUCACGGGUCGCUUUGGUCUGUGUCCGAGAGAGCCAUGGCUGCAUUCAAGCACGAGCCGAGCGCUUUUCGCAUACCCGGCGUCCUACUCAGCCACACGUUGACGCAUUUGGCAAUGUUUUCCAGCUAUGAAGCCACCAAAGCAUUUCUCAUGCACGACAUCGAGGGCGACCACACGGACAUCGACGGCGCGUUGUGCAUCGUUGGCGCUGCGGCAACGUCUGGCCUUGUCGGAGAAAUCGCGACCUACUACGCCGCUCCUUUCGAGCAGCAAUCGUUGUACGAUGUCACGGCGGCGGCUGCGACUUGAGUUGCUAAGGGAUGUUCUCGUAGCACGACUGCAAUGCACGAACUUCGAACUCUUCCACUGCCGACGCUGCGAUCCAUGGCCCCGUCCGGCUUCUCCACCAUGCUCGGUUGGCUAGCCUAUGAAUACGCAAAAGAAACCUUCGACGGAACAUCGGCCAACUCGUAGAUGUUAACCACCCGCAAGUUCCCACGUUGAGGUGUUUUGCGCAGCACAGUUCGCUGACUUUGUCGACGUGUUUGGCACAGACUCGACCGACAAGUACUUGGAUUAACGUUGAUCACGUCAUGAGUUCA